AUGUCCCCGAGGGCAUGCGCUGGAAAUGCGCGCGAACGAGUCACACGCGCCUGCGAGAGGUGUCGCAUCAAGAAGGCGAAAUGCGACGGUGACAUGCCAUGUUCUAGGUGCUGCGGCGACGACGAAGUCUGCAGAUUCAGCCUGCGCAAAAGACACGUCUUGAGGGGCGCAGUUCACAAACAGACAGACCAGAUCCUACAUGACAACGAAUCCUACAAGGCCGCCGUGCUGGAACUGUACAAGCGCGUCAUUUCCGGCCGGCGACUCGAGGACAGCGUCCACGACGUCCAGGUCAAUACUAACAUCACUGCCAUACUCAAUCGCGUCGGCGUCCUCGGCCAAGACAAAGAUGCUGCCUGCAUAGUCCACGCUUCUCGCGGAAUUCUAAAGUCUGAGGCAAAGUCGCUCUCAAGUCUCAGUAGACCAAUACAACCCGCCAUCACACCGAAUCCGAACAGAUCAGGGCAACCACCGCCUUUGACGCGGUCCGCAAGUUCAACUCCCCAAGCUACUUCCAUCGGUCGAACCUCUACGUACCGAUCAUCAGGCUCAGCUUCAGCAACUGCGACGAAACCCAAACCCCCGGCUUCUUUUGAGCCAUCGGCACGUCUACUGGAAAACAACGACGAUACGGCGCAGUCCUCGAAGUACCCACCGCUAUCCUCGCCAUGGCCACCACCGACGUGUGGUCCACCGAUCUCAGACUAUAAUCUGAUCGACGCGCCCACCACGUCUGUAUGGGUCAUCUCAGAUCCAGGCCAGGGUGGUAGCGAACGAGGUCCUCCUACGCCUAUGGUCAUGGGGGGCCCGCACCACCCCUAUUACGCAGUCCCACCAUGGCCGCAAGAUUUACAGGGUCGGGAAUAUCCUCCUCAGUGGGAAUGGCCGUUCCCGUUCCCUUCAUCCUAA